GAAACUCCCAUCCACUUGUUGCAUGACUAUUAUUUUGCUAAGUUUGUUUGGGGACUGUUGGGGUUUAAUAGGUCUGCUUUCUUUACAUUGGAAAUUCUUCCGUGGAUUAGGAUGUUCUCAACUCCAUCCCGACAGAAUAAGCAUGCUGGUGUACCACGGGGGACGUUGUUCCUCUCUACUAUUUGGUUACUCUGGAAAGCUAGAAAUGCCCUUGCUUUUGAGGCACAUAAAUUUAGACCGCAUGAGCUAUGUGCUAGGAUUCUUCAGCAGGCGCAGUAUACCAUGAUUGCAAUGAGUCCAGAAUCGUCAAUUCGUUUACAACAACCAUGAUGGAUUAGUUGGACCCCACUAGAGGAGGAAUGGGUUAAAUUAAAUUCUGAUGGGUCUUACAACGCUGCUAGCAACUCUACUAGACCAAGGGGUUUAACCAGAGACAAUUCUGGUAAUUGGAUCUCAAGAUUCUCAGUUAAUGUGGGUGCUACUUCUAUUUUUAUUGUAGAGCUUUGGGGCCUUAGGGAAAGGCUUUGAUUAUGUCACUCUCUUGGGUUGUCUCGGGUAGUUGUUGAAAUGGAUUCAUUGAUGACUGUUCAUUUUAUUCUUGAGAA